AUGGAACCAACUGUUUUAAGAAAUUACCAAAAAUUCGGAAUUCCUGGAGUAUUGGGCUAUAUUGAUGGCACUCAUAUAAAACUUAAGAAGCCAACACAACAUGUAGAACUUUAUGUAAAUAGAAAGGGUGAACACACGCUUAAUGCACAAAUGGUUUGUGACAGUUGCUUAAAAAUAUUAAAUGUGUGUGCACGAUAUCCUGGUGCAACACACGAUUCCUUUAUAUGGAGGUUUAGUGCACUACGAAAGGUGAUGAUGAACCUUAAUGGUGAAGGCAAUACUUGCUGGCUUCUAGGUUAUUCCGGAUAUCCCUUGGAGCCAUGGCUCCUCACACCGAUCCUUAAUGCUGAAGAAAACACACCUCAAAGUCGAUAUACCAACACCCAUAUAAAGUCAAGGAAAAGUAUUGAGAGGUGUUUCGGUGUUCUUAAGUCAAGGUUUCGAUGCUUACUAAGAAAAUGGAGUAUGAACCAACAAAAGUAG